AUGGCACCAUUAUUCGAUCCCAAAGAGAAGCAAAUAUCAGUAGCAUUUGUAUGCUUGGGCAACAUUUGUCGUUCGCCCAUGGCAGAGGCUAUAUUUAAACACAAGGUGCAACAGUUGGGAUAUUCUUCGUAUUUCAAAAAUAUAGAGUCUUUUGGCACUUCGGGAUGGCAUAUAGGAGAGUCGCCAGACUCUAGGUCUUCGAGAACAUGUCGUAAGCAUGGCGUUCCUGUGAAUCAUUCAGCACAGCAAAUCAGCUCAAAAGACUUUGAUAGAUUUGAUUAUGUAAUUGGUAUGGAUGAGAGCAAUUUGAGCGAUUUGAAAUAUAUGCAGUCAAAGAGUAGUAAGGAUAAGGGUACACAAGUUGAGUUGUUUGGUAAAUGGAGAAGUAAUAUGGAAUUUGAUAAGAUUGUUGGUGAUCCAUACUAUGGAGGAAACGAUGGAUUUGAAUAUAAUUUCAAGCAAAUCAAUCAUUUUGCCGAGGAGUUCUUGAAGCAAGAAGUAGGAACAUUAGACUAG